AUGCCCAAAACUAUUGGUCCUAGGUUCCCUAUAGUCAUCACUUCUUAUGAGGUUGCUAUGAAUGAUGCUAGAAAAAGUCUGCGGCACUAUCCAUGGAAAUAUGUUGUGAUUGAUGAGGGCCACAGGUUGAAAAACCACCUAUGCAAAUUGCUGAGGGAACUAAGAUACAUGAAGAUGGAGAACAAACUUCUGCUAAUAGGAACACCUCUGCAAAAUAAUUUGUCUGAGCUUUGGUCACUGUUGAAUUUUAUUCUGCCUGACAUCUUUGCAUCACAUGCCGAAUUUGAAUCCUGGUUUGAUUUUUCUGAAAAGAACAAAAGCGAAGCAAGUAAGAAAGAAGGAGAAGAGAAAAGAAAAGCUCAAGUUGUUGCGAAACUUCAUAACAUACUACGACCUUUCAUCCUCCGAAGAAUGAAAUGUGAUGUUGAGCUCCUACUUCCGCGGAAAAAGGAGAUCAUUGUUUAUGCUACAAUGACAGAUCAUCAGAAAAAGUUCCAGGAUCAUCUUGUGAAUUGCACGUUGGAGGCACACCUUGGAGAGAAUGCUCUCCCAGGUACUUGCUGGAAAGGAAAGCUUAACAAUCUGGUUAUUCAACUUCGGAAGAACUGCAACCAUCCUGACCUUCUUGCGGGGCAAAUAGAUGGUUCAUAUUUCUACCCUCCUAUUGAAGAUAUUGUUGGACAGUGCGGUAAAUUUCGCUUACUGGAGAGAUUGCUUGUUCGGUUAUUUGCCAAAAGUCACAGAGUCCUAGUAUUCACCCAAUGGACAAAAUUUUUGGACAUUAUGGAUUACUACUUCAGUGAGAAGGGGUUUGAGGUUUGCAGAAUCGACGACAAUGUGAAACUGGAGGAAAGGAGACGACAGAUUGACGAAUUUAAUGAUGAGAAGAGCAACUGUAGAAUAUUUCUUCUCAGUACAAGAGCUGGAGGACUCGGAAUUAAUCUUACUGCUGCUGAUACAUGCAUCCUCUACGACAGCGAUUAUAACCCUCAAAUGGACUUGCAAGCCAUGGACAGAUGCCACAGAAUUGGUCAGACAAAACCUGUUCAUGUUUACAGGCUUGCGACGGCUCAGUCAAUAGAGGGCCGGGUUCUAAAACGAGCAUACAGUAAGCUUAAGCUGGAACACGUGGUUAUUGGAAAGGGGCAGUUUCAUCAAGAACGUGCCAAGUCUUCAACACCACUAGAGGAAGAUGAUAUACUGGCGUUGCUUAAGGACGAUGAAACUGUUGAAGAUAAAAUGAUACAAACGGAUAUAAGCGAGGAGGAUCUUGAUCGGUUGUUUGACAGGAGUGACCUGAUGAUUACUCCACCAGGAGAGACAAAAGCAGAAGCUGGUGAAGCUUUUCCAUUGAAGGGUCCAGGUUGGGAAGUAGUCCUGCUUAGUUCGGCUGGAGGGAUGCUGUCUUCCCUUAACAGUUAG